ACUGCGCCGACGAGCCGGGACUGGGCCAUCAUGGCGGCGCCCAUGUGACCCAGCCCGUCCUCAGAGGCCGCCGGGGCCCGGGCGCGACCGCCGGGGUUUUAAAGGUCACCAUGCUGCGGGCGACGUGCCGAGCGCUGAGUUGGGUCCGCGGCCCCGCUCUGGCCGACGCCGCCGUCCUGGGGCGGCCUGCUGGCCGAGAGCGCGCCCCGCGGGACCUCCUGUCGCACGGCCGAGGUCUCCUCCUCCAGGCAGCCCGCGGAUAUGCCCUGCAGAAGCCAGCACCACCCAGCCAUGAUGCUGACCCAGCCCCUUCCACGCUGCUCAAGGACUACCAGAACGUCCCUGGAAUUGACAGGGUUGAUGAUGUCGUGAAAAAACUGUUGUCUUUGGAAAUGGCCGACCAGAAAGAGAAGAAGAAGAUCAAGACGGAGCAACUGAGGAGCCAGAUCGUGGCCAACCCUGAAGACACCAGCUCCCUGGAGGCUAGAAUUGUUGCCUUGACCGUCAAGAUCCACAGUUACGAAGAGCACAUGCAGAAACACCGAAAGGAUAAAGCCCAUAAGCGCUAUCUGCUGAUGAGCAUUGACCAGAGGAAGAAGAUGCUCAAAAGCCUCCGGGAAACCAACUACGCGGUGUUUGAGAAGACGUGCAAGGUGCUGGGGAUCGAGUACACUUUCACCCCUCAGCACCAUCGGAAAGCCCACCGCCGCUUGCUGACCAAGAAGGAGCUGUGCAUCCGGGUUUUCCAGGAGACUCAAAAACUAAAGAAACAAAGAAGGGCUUUGAAAGCUGCAGCAAAGGCUCAAAAACAAAAGCUGAGGAACCCAGAGAGCCCUUCCAAAGCCGAAGCCGAGGCAGGCCGAGAAGACCAAUAAAAUCUGAUGGCGUCA